AUGGCGGUGAGCGGUGGGCUCGGGUCGUGGGCCGCGAUCGUGGGUAACGUGCUGUUAUUCGCGCUGGUGCUCGGAUUAGCGGUGACGGUGGAAUUCGAGGCGUUUAAAAAGUCGUUGAGGAGCCGAGGUUUGGUCAUAGGCGUGUUUUCGCAGUUCGUCUUCUUACCGCUGUUUGGGUUUACGAUGGCGCGGACGCUGCUGUGGGAUCAACCGGCGCUGGGAAUACCGCUCAUUAUCACCACGAGCUCGCCUGGGGGUUCGUACAGUAAUUGGUGGACGUCACUGUUCAACGCGGACCUGUCGCUGAGCGUGGCGAUGACGACGGUGAGUUCGAUUUUAUCGGUGGGAUUUUUACCGCUGAAUCUGUACAUGUACACCGAGGGAGCGUAUCCUAACGGAACGAAUGUGCGGAUGAAAUGGGGGGGACUGUUUCUGUCGAUCUCGAUGGUGAUUAGCGGGAUCGUGUUGGGGUUGUUUGUCGGUCGGCGAGCGCCGAAAGCGCGCGCGCCUCUCAACUUUGUGGGCAACGUGUGCGGCGUCUUGCUUGUGCUCUUGGGGUUCUUCUUUUCGUCAAAUUCUUCGGCGCCGAUUUGGGAUCGCGAAUGGAAGUUCUACGUCGCCCUCAUCGUGCCCUGCGUCGCUGGAUUAGUGGUUAGUUUGGGAUUCGCCAAAUUGACUCGGUUGGAUAUGCCUCAAGCCCUGGCGGUGGCCAUCGAGGUGUGCUAUCAGAACACCGCCAUCUCGUUGGCGGUGAUUUUAAGCUCAUUUGAGGACGAUCCGUCGUGCGCAUCGAGCGCAGGAUCGGCGUGUAACGUCGUCGGCGUCGCGAGCGGCGUGCCGACGUUUUAUCAGUUCGUGCAGGUGUUUUCGCUUGGGAUUUUGUGCUUGUUGGCGUGGAAGAGCGGUUGGACGUACGCGCCGAAAGGCACGCCUCUUCUCACCGCGAUAAGCAAAUCGUUCCAGCCGACGCAUCGCGAUCCAGGAGCCUUUAGGGAAGUAGAUUUAGAUAGAAGCGAGGAAAUGAGCGAGAUGCCGCGCGAAGUAGAGAAUGUCUAG